GUGGCUCGUGCGGGCGACGCCUUGGAACCCGCGGACAGCAAUUGCAACCACAGGUACUGCGCAGAGCAGGGUGUCCCAGCUCUGGGCAUCAAAACUCUAGCGCUGGGAGCUAAGGCUUCCGAGCUGCUCCCAACCCUGGACACCUAAGCCCCUGGGCCGCAGAACGGAGCCCCGGGGUCUUCCGAAGCGCGUGGGCCUGAACCCCCCGGCUUAGAUAUUGAAAUUCCCAAGCCUGCCGCAGAGCUGAAUACCAGCGUCCGUGUGCCCUCCCCAGACCAGGGCGCGGAGACUCCCGAGCAAGUGAGGGAAGUCCUCGGGCCAUAAGCGAGGCAGGACGCAGAGCGUCCUGGGCCGACCGCAGCUGGGGGCUUUGAGAAUCCUGGGCAAGGAAGCGACGACCCUGAACCGUCUAAAGCGCCAGGCCCGGGGCUCCUGGAGCAGUGUCUCUCUCAACGUCCGGAAACCUCCUCUGAGUCGAACUCGGAAGCCCUCCAGUUGCGUUCGGAGACCCCACAACAUCCCCUAGAGGAGCCACUCAUGGAGACGCCCAUCGAGCGCGAAAUCCGCCGCAGCUGCGAACGCGAGGAAAGCUUGCGCCGGAGCCGGGGCCUGAGCCCAGGUCGCGCGGGCAGUGAACUCGUCGAACUGCGCGUGCGGCCGGUGCUCAGCCUGCCGGGCCCCAGCCCCGCGCUCCCGCGCGCUUUGGAGCGCGCUAGAGCGGGCGCGCAGAUGCAGCGAGACAUCGAGCGGGAGGCCUAUCGGCAGGCGGCGCUGGCGCGCCCCGAGGUCCCGAAGCAGAGCGCCCGGCCGCCGCCGCAGCCGCUGGGCGAGCUCAAGCGCUUCUUCGAGGCUGGGUGCUACUCCUCACCCGCGGUGGAGGGCAGCGCAGACACGCAGCGGCUGCCCGAGCCCGGAGGCCGGCCGCAUUCAGUCGUACAGGGCCGGUGUCCGGUGCUGGCUCUCGCCCCGCCGCCUAUCGCACCGUCGCUGCUGGAGCAAGAGGUGCGCGAGGUGAAUGAGCGCGAGCGGGAGCUGCAGCGCCAGCGGCUGAGCCUCUACGGCACCGCCGAGUUCAAGGAGCCCGCGCCCAGCCUAACGGUGAGCAGGGGCGACGGAAAGCUGGCGGUGAUCUGGCCUCCUCGCAGAAAGGCUUCGGAGAACGGUCUGGAACAGGAGGAGCCUUGAGGUUCCGGCCCUCUGGGGUCCCAGGAGGAAAGUAACAUGCCCCGCAGACCCUCGGGCCCGGGCGCUCAGGAGUGCCCUCCGGAUCCGCGGAAGGCCUGGAGAAGGGCCACAGGUCUGCGCCGGGGAAGACGCAAUCGAUCAGCAUCCUUGAACCUGACUUUGUGAAACUGACCGGAAUCUUCUAUAAAACUGUUAGUCCCCAUUGGGAAACACCGCCACUACCACCCCGCCAGUAAAACUGCCCAGCCCUUCGCCGCCUAAACGGCACUUAGCCUCUCCUUCUGGCCUUGUCUGCUAGAAGACAGGGGUCCUCGGCUGCCCCUACUCCCCAAUAAAGCCCUUUCUUUCUGGA